AUGAAUGUUCAUUAGGACGGAGAAUAACAAGUAGAGAAUAAUGAAAAUGAAGUGAAUACUGUUCCUAAAUUUACAAAGCUUUUCUCAAGAGCUAUGGAUUAAUUUAGAUUAAGAGUGUUUUUUUUAUUCCUUGAGAGAUUGUACAUAAUAAUUAGCAUGUCGAUUAUUUUAUUUUUAUUAUCUUUAAAAAAUUGUGGGUGGAAUGAUUUACAUUAUUGGGUGUUAUUUAGCAGCAUACAGGCAAUUUUUAGCUUAGUUUUAUAUGGAUAAUUAUUUCAUUUCUCAAAUAUUCAAUCAAUAUAAUAACAUUUGGCUUUUCAUUAUGUUUAAAUAGUGUUUGUUCCACUUAAUGAAGUGACAGAUCAUCCAGUUGCUCCAGAAGUUUUUGAUCCUACUGCAAACUUAUCAACAAUAGAAUUAGAUAAAAAGGCAGAUGUAAUGCAAAUGUAAAUAAGAUAAGAGAUUGUUAAUUAGAGUAGAUUUUGCAAGUACAAUAAUAUCUUUAGUAAUGUGACAAACUAAGCAAUAUUCAUUUGGACUAUUUACUAUAUUGUAGCUACUCCUUAAGAAAGUAGUGGAGAAGCAAGUGAUUGUAACAAAUGGCCAAUUAUUCAAACUUAUAUUUAUGGAUCGUUUUUGUUCUUAUAAUAUUCGUAGUAUUAUUUGCUCGUUGCCUUGGCAUUAGUUAUGCUUCCUUUUAUUUUGAUAUAUUUGAUAAUUCGAUGCUUCACCGACAGAAGAAAGAAAUAGCAAGCAUUGAUGGCAUUAAAUGAUUUACAAAAGAACAAGAUUUUGUAUAAGCCUAACAUUCUUGAGGGAGAACAAGAAUGUUCAAUUUGUAUGUAGCCUUAUCAAACUGAUGAUGAAGUUCUACAAAUGCCUUGCAGUACACUUCAUCAUUUUCAUAACACAUGUAUCUCUGCAUGGCUAUAAAUUUAAUCAACAUGUCCUAAUUGUAGACAAUAAUUAUUGCCAGAUAAUUAGCAACCACUUCUUUAGCAACCACAACAACAAGAGGAAUUAUGA